GGCGCUAACAACAUUGACAAGCGAGCACAAGCGAGUAAAAAAGCCGAAAAUAGUUAGGUAGUCGAAUUUUUUUGUAACGUUUUGUGUGUUCCCCUGACGGUAAGCAUAGCAGUCAAGUAGGUGGCACGCAUGCGUAUCAAACGCACUAGUGACAACGUGCAAGUGUCCGAGCUAGCUAGCUAGCUUUGACUACUAGUCGACAAUUCGGAGCAUUGAAGAUUCCUUGUGUAGCGCUUAAGGUGACAUACUGAUUUGCUGACAAAACUAUUUGCUCGGCGACGAAUGCCUCAAAUGAAAAACUGGGUUAAAAAAAAAAACAAUCAAAUUCUUCACGAACGCGAUGCACAUGACAACAAGCGAGGCGACAUUUAUGCAGCUUUAAACAGCGACAGCGCAGCAGUGAGAUCGUGUGUGGCGCGUAGUGGAUCAUCCCCUUGAACGGGGUGUUGGAAUUUGUUUUUGUUUUUUUUUUUUGUAAAGCUGGCUGUAUGAUAGACAUUAGUAUCGACUAGCUGCCGUCCGGUCAUAACAUUCGGUUUUGGUGUAUCCGAAGAUCGAUUGAUUUAUGCUUGAAUACAGCUCGAUCGGUAUUCUGAUCGCCGGUUGCAAGUAAACAGAUUUUUGAACUGCCUAUGCGCAAAUGUAGUUACAAAUGUACGCGCAUGCAUACAUACAUACAUACGUAUACCACUGUUUUUUGCUAAAAAUCAAUUUAAAUUGAAUUCCAUACCAAUUUGUGUAUUUACACGUCGAAAAUGCCCAAAAUCGUUUGUACUUAGCUUGUCGUAUGCGCCUGACAUGCAAUGCGCAGCGACGACACAGCGUAUCAAUGGCGCGCUUUACCAGCUCAUCGCCGUGCAUGCAAUACAUAUAAAAUAGCGUCAGUACAAUCACUCGAAGUUCACUUAGCUGCGACCAGCAGUACGUAUCGGUAGCGCAUCGGUCAACUGUUGUGAACGCAAACGAUUUCCACCAGUACAAGUACAAGGAUUAAUUUCAUUUGCUGCAUCAGAAAAGGAUACCAUACCCGCGAUGAGAACUCUGCUUGUGCUGUUGCUGUGCGUUGUCACUGCCUAUGCAGCAACUCAUGUCAACAUUUCGAUUGCUCAACAUCCAGCCACAAAUCCUGCCGAUGUCACCUAUGUGGAUGGCACCGCACCUGACGAGCUGAAGGCGGGUCCACUGAAGAAAGCUAGUGGGCAGCAGCGUAGUGCCAGGUUGCGUGCGGCCGAAGAGAGUGUAGAGAGUAGUGGAAAUGCACAGCUGAAUGAGCAACAAAAGCAAGACGCUUCCAGUUUCAAUAGUAAUUCGAAAUCAGCGCAGCAGGUACAACAGGUUCCAGAGCAAUCGAGUGGGUUCAAGCAACAGCAACAACAACAGCGGUUUUAUGGACGUUUACGCCAGCCAAGCCGGCAGAGCCAAUUUCGUCAAGCCAAUGCUCAAGACAAACAGAAUCAGGAGUUCGAGCGCUAUAUACAAAAUUAUCAUAGUGGACCGACUGUGGAAACGGUAUUUGAAACCGCCGAUCACUCGCCUUCAGCGCGCUACGAAUACUCCUCCUCGUCCUCGUCGUCGUCGUCAUCUUCUUCUUCUGGCCCAGCACGUCUUGUCGCCAUCGACGCGAAACCUCGCAAACAACAUACUUUCGAGCGUCAAGUUGCUCUCCCCGCUGCUGUCGCCUCAGCAGCAUCGGCGCCCGCCGAGGAGCAAUCCAAAUCAGCUGCUGACGCGAAGAUUCAAAUAUCCCCAGCACCAGUUGCUGCAGCACCUGCUGUCUCUACGCCAGUAGCUGUGCAGGCACCUUCACCUGUCACCUCGCAUUCCGCACCAUCUGCUGCGCCAUCAGCAUCGUCGAAAAGUGCUACUACUGUAAUUAGUGGUGGCAGCGAUGGUGGCAAAGUGGGUAUUGGUGGUUCAUUCGUUGGUGGUUUUGCUGGCGCUGGUGCUAGUCCUGGCUCACAUGGCGUGACGUUUAGAGUGGCUGGCGGCGGCGGGUAUAAUCAGCCGAACUUUGAUCCAGCCAAUAGCUAUGGCAAGCCUGACUACGAGCAACCAAGCUACAAUUAUGAUCAAGGAGACGCAGGUGGUUUCCUAAAUGAGUACCCACCCUCCGUCGAUGAGUCCGCAGGCGGAUAUGAUGGUUUUUAUGGAAAUCAGGAAAGCGAUUACCAUUCAAAUGCCGGCUACCUGCCCGCACAACCUGUUUACCAACGUCCUGUUGUCACUAAAACUAUACAAAUUGCACAGCCAGCAUUGAAGGCAAAGAAAUUUGAGGUUCGUCACCCAGCCAUCCAAAAGGAGUUUUAUGACAUCGAAGAACGCGUUGUGAUUAAGCCUGCUGGCACCAUAGUUGUCGAGCUGGAACAUCCAGUUGCGAAAAUUCCGAAGGGUGAAACCGUACUGCCCCUAGGUCAUCCACAUCCGGCAAUUGCCGCGCAGUACAAUUUGAAUAGUGACGCAGACAUUGAGACGGAAUCGUCCAGUGCAGGUUCCUAUAGCAACGGUGUGCGCUCAAGUCCGAAUCAGGUCUAUGCAACGCCCGCUAGAAAAAAUCCUGCGCCAGUAAUUAGCGGCACGCACAUUGGCUCCACUGUUACGGCUACGCCGACAAAUAAUCAAAACGCUAAACGAGAUUUUGUGGAAGCCAAUCUGCGCAAGCAAUACGGUGAAGAAACAAAACUCGUAGCUACAACUGAAAAUACGCAACGCGGCAGGGAACUUUACAUACCCGCUGAGACGCAUGGCAACCAGCGUCAAGGGUCUAAUAGGAACUUCUCACCCAAUACAUUCAGACGCGAAGAGAGCAAUUACCAACGUCCCGCUCGUGUUGAAGCAAAGAAAAACGAUGAGACCUAUCGUUCGUCCUUUUCGAGAAGCGAAGAACAGCCAUUAAAAAAUAAUGCUGCCGAUUUCCAGAGCAACUUCAGCAACGACGACGAUGAUUACAAGGGCGAAUAUAUUACCGGUAACUUUUACAGUACAGCCAACAGAGAUCCCAAACCUGCCCGUCUGCAGGAAGAGCCACGCAAAAGUGAACGCAUUACUGCCGAGCCACGCGCACAAAUCAUAAAACAUGAGCACACUAUCAAUAUUCCACCGUCACAACAUAACAUAUACAUAGCGCCCAGUCGCUUAGAAGACCGCCACAUACUUGUUCAGGAUCAGCGCAAGCAGGCACCAUCACGAAAGCAGCAGCCCGCUCGCCUGGAAGAAGAAACUGCUCGCGUUCAAGAGGUCAAACCAUUCUUGGACCGCCAACGGGAGGGUGGAGUAGUAUACGUGGUCCCCGCUAGACGUCCAGUGUCAACGCAACAACGCUAUACACAAAAUGAAAGUCGACUGCCACAACUAGUUCCGCAACAGCGCUCUUAUGGCCAAUUGCGUUACGACCCCGACGCCGAUGUGGAUGCGUCAGUGGAGUAUAGUGCACCAUACUCUCAUAUGCGCUACGAUCCAAAAGAGUCUGCACGACUUACCGCCGAUGUAGAAUAUAGUCGGAAUGUUAAUGAAAAUGCGCCGCAAAGAACCAUAACUGUAAACUAUAACAGCGUGCCCGAAUCGAAUGCCCGUCUGGUCUCACAAAAUAACUCAGGACUCGCUGCAAAGGAAUCCGCCAAAUCAGUGGAAAGCAAAGACGUUAAGAACCCCGAACUACGCCCGCUCGCACACAUUCAAUUACAAGUACCGAAUGGUCCGCAAGAAGCUGAUGAGCCCAUACGAGUUAUGUCUUCGAUCAAUCCACCGAGGGAACAGAGUCGUACGGCAUACUCUAGGCAGUCAGCAGCCAAACAAGCCGAGGACGAUCAAGUAGAAGCUGCUGUUCAAAAUGAAAGUGAAGAUCAAGAUGAACCACGCUCUGAGAAUGUCGAGUCCCAACCCGAUUGUGCAGAAAAAGUGAGCGAGCGUUAUGAGAAUGACCCCGACGAUGAUGUGCAGUAUGCUGAAGAGCAACGUGACAGAGAACCAGUAAAGUCCCUACGCCUAAUAGACACUAGCAGCUCUCAACCAAACAGCAAAGAAAACGCCCAACCAGCGAAUUCGAAUAUCCAAACUGAGAGCGUCGAUGCCAACGUCAAAGACGGCAAUGCGCAUAUCACGCCACCGGGCUCCCGUGUGAUUGCCGCCAACCCAGCACCCAACGACGCAUCCGCUGCAAGCGAGAGUUUCCACAAACGUCGCAUUGUGGUCAACCAUCCCUUCCAGACGGUGCGCGAGGUAGUCGAACAUGAACCCAUUACAAAUUAUCAUCAAAUACAAGUACAUGAACACGCGUCACCAGCUUCGGCGUACCACAAGGCACCGUACUUUGCGUCCAAUGGUGCCUUGCGUCAAAUCGCUGUGCCAGUUAUGUAUCAUCAGGCGUCUGGCGCAACACACGGAAAUCUAGUUUACGCCUUGCCUGAUGCAAUUCCUGUGCAUGAAGACAACGGCGAAGCGGAGCCGUCCUAUCAGCAAACUCGUCAGCGUGUGCGCGCUUAAGUGCGUCGAAAAGUCUCAGUUCGAUUGAAGUGGCCAAUUGUUGUUGUUAUUGUAGCGUUUGUUGUUGCCAUUAAUUAAGGAUAUAUCACUUACAAAUAAGCUAUUCAACUUAUUCGAGUCGAUCGAAUAUUAAUUAUUUUUUUUAAUAUUUUAGACAUAAGACACUAAUUUGUAACCGAUUCAACUAAGGUUGAUGGGAUAACCUAAACUAAUGAUUGCCAGACAACGUGGAUGCGUUGCCCUUAUUUAAGUAUACAAACUUCAUAUAUAAGUUGACGA